GUUUUCGUUACAAUGGCUAUUCAAGCACAGUUGCAUAGUGAAAAUAUGGGUUUGCCUUGGUCCAUGUGCGGUCUUCAGGAUUGGGAGUUAAACCCAGUACCUGCUCUAAUUCCUUCCUUUGAAGUUGAUACUUGUUUCAGUCUUCAAGACCCUUUUGGAUACACCAUUCCUUUUCAUCUGCAACAAAACGCUCAAAAUUUGGGUUCUUCGUCUUUUUCUUCUUUGGAUGCUCAUCUGGAGAUGCAAAGAAAGGAACUUGAUAGCGUUCUUCAAUGGCAGAAUGAGAGGCUAAUAUCUACUUUACGAGAGCAAAGAAAGCAACAAUUGGCCAUCUUGCUAAACCGUAUGGAAUCAAAGGCCUUGUAUUUGAUGAGACGAAAAGAAGAUGAAUUGGCCGGAGCAACAAAGAAAAGAAGAGAGCUGGAAGCCUCACUGAGGAAAGUGGAAAUGGAGAGCGACUCAUGGCGAAGACUUGCGAAAGCAAAUGAAACAACGCUUACGGAUCUAAGCAACACACUGCAACAAGUGAAUGAGAGCCAAGUCAGGGCCCCAAACACAGCACAAGACGCUGAAUCCAUUUUCAGUGCCUCGUUUGAUCGAGAAGAAACGAGCAACGAUAAUAAGAUGGUCUGCAAGCACUGCAGCACCGGGAGCUCGUGCGUUGUGUUUCUACCAUGCAGACACCUUUGCUCGUGCCACUCCUGUGAACCUUUCCUUCGCUCUUGUCCUGUCUGUAAAUCUAUAAAGGAAGCAAGCAUCAAUGUCUUUUGGGUCUAACAAGACGAGUCGGAAAUCAAAGUUAACUGAGUUUUUGGAACACG